AUGAUUGGGGGCCUGUUUGCGGCGGUUCCCGAUGUUUGGCCGCUCGACGGAACCACAAAGGUCAGACUGCGUUCGCAGAGAGACAACACGCGCACUCGUCUAACGAAGACAAGUACGCGCUGGUUCGUGCACAGCAAACCUUGCCAGAGUCCGCGGUCACUAGGCGGCGUUACGCGACGGGAGUUUGCUUCGUGGAAAAAGUGCGCCCCAAGUACGGCGAAGGCUUUCCAAUUGGGCCUAUGUGAGCGAAGGACGCCUCCUGAAAGUCGCGUAGGGGCACGAUCUCCAGUGCAGACCGCGAGCAGCGCAGUCAACUGGAGUCAAAGCCGAACAGACCUCGCUCUGUGGCGACAUCUCCAGAGAGGCGUCGCGUGUGUGCUCUUCGUUACCCUCGUGUUUUGGUCUCGAGUUGUUGAGAGCUCUGCGCUCCCACCAGAGAAAGUUGUUUCGGCACCGGUGCGCGUCGUGUACGAAGCAUACGGUAUUCUUAGGGAGAACCAUAUUCAGGGUGAUCGCUUGCAGCGGAGCUGGCUGGAUUCAGCGUUGAAGCCUCUCCCGCCAACGGAUUUCAUGACAGCGCAUCAGAGAAUCGAGGAGUAUUUCAUUCGGCCGCUGCAUGAUCGUUAUACGCGGAUGCUAGGCCCGGAAAAGUUCGCACAACUCAUGCGUUUCGAUACAACGGGGCUGGGACUUCUCCUGCGGGCAGCGGAUAACGAUGUGAGCAGGGCGACGCACUCCGGCGCCUCACGGGAGCAGCUCGAACUUGGCGUCAUCCCAAGAGUGCCCGUAGCGGAAGGUGACUUGUAUGUUGCGAGCCCUCCGAUUGCGGGCACACCAGCCGCCAAGGCCGACCUCGCGAUCGGCGAUGUCGUCGAUUCUAUCAACGGUGUCGAUGUACGUGGCGGGCGAGUUGCACCCUUUGAAGCCGCGGCGCUUAUGCAGGGAGCUGAUGGUGGCAAAGUCGUGCUGCAGAUCCGGGGUCGCGGACCGAUCGAACUUGUUCGCGAGUAUCGCAUUUCAUCGAGAUCGUCUCUCGAGAACAGCGUAGACUACGAACGUCUCGGGGAUACGGGUAUCAUCCGCGUGCACGAAUUCAAUGCAUCGACAUUGCCUCAGAUGGAGGCAGCCUUGUCACAUCUUUUGGGGAUUAGCCAGACCGGAUCAGUAGCGCAUGCGAGCAGCGUCGUCGAUUCGAUCGAUCGCCUGGUGCUGGACCUGAGGAGGAAUCACGGCGGAUCUCUGGAGGAGGCCCUGGAUCUUGCUGGCCUCUUUCUCGGCGGUUCCGUACCCGUCGCACUGUUUGAAGGUAGUCAUGGCGACGUCAUACCGAUCUCGAGUCGGGAACCGAAUCAAGCGCUGGCAGUCGCCCAGCAGCUGCCUUUAGUCGUCCUCAUAGACCAUGAAACUGCGAGUGCUAGUGAGAUCCUUGCGGGCGCUCUUCGAGACUAUUGCAGAGCUACGCUCGUAAGUGUGGGUUUCGCGCCAGACCACACGUACGGAAAGGCCAUGGUGCAGGGCGUUUACGGCCUCUCCGACGGGAGUGGUCUCCUGGUUACGAUCGGUCGUUACACGACGCCUGUGCGGCACGAGGAGCUUCAGGGGCGAGGCCUCCGCGCCGAUCGCAGCGUGCUUGGCCUGUGGUCCAUAGCGCCCAUGCCCUGGCGAGCGACACUCGUGGAGCGGGAGCUGUUCGCUGUCGACUACGGUGAUGGCGAGCUGCGAUCCACGCCUCCAUCGGUUACGCGAGAACGUGUGCGCGAUGACGAGCAGCGCGCGACACCGAAUGAGAAGCGUCACGAACGCGAGCGCAUGCCCAUGAGCGACCUGCGCCCACGUUUGUAG